UUUGUGCUCUGGUCUGUGGAAGAGGAGGAUCUGUGGGAGUUCUGGGUUCUGUGGAGCUCUGGACUCUGCCCUAUAGUGAAGGAAUCUCUGCGGAGCUCUGGGUUCUGCCCUAUAGGGGAGGGGUCCCUGUGGGGUCCAGGGGCACUAACAGGACUCAGAGCGGACCGGGACGGGGAUGAAGCCCUAAGGACAGCCGGGCUCUGCAGGGAACGGGGGACCGGGCAGGGGUGGCCCUUGGGUGAGACCAGGCGUGGGGACAGCAGCGCUGGAGCUGCCCCGUGUCCGCAGGUGACAGCGGAGCCCUGAGCAUGCGGGGCCGGAUCCCGGGAAUCUGCGGAGCCCUGAGGAUGCGGGAGCGGAUCCCGGCCCUGCUCGGGCUGGCCCUGGCCUUGGCAUCGCUGCUGCCCGCGGCCGGAGCGCGCCGCAGCCAGGACCUGCACUGCGGAGCCUGCCGGGCGCUGGUGGACGAGCUGGAGUGGGAGAUCGCCCAGGUGGAUCCCAGAAAAACCAUCCAGAUGGGCUCGUUCCGCAUCAACCCCGACGGCAGCCAGUCGGUGGUGGCGGUGCCGUACGCGCGCUCGGAGGCGCACCUGACCGAGCUGCUGGAGCGGGUGUGCGAGAAGAUGAAGGAGUACGGCGAGAAGGUGGAUCCGGCCACGCACCGCAAGAGCUACGUGCGGGUCAUCUCCCACGACGGCACCAAGAUGGACCUUUCCGGCCUCAAAUUCGACGGGGAUGUGACGUCCAGCCUGAAAUUCGCGUGCGAGAGCAUCGCUGAGGAAUACGAGGAUGAGCUCAUCGAGUUUCUCUCACACGAGGCUGAGAACGUCAAGGACCGGCUCUGCAGCAAGAGGACGGACCUGUGUGACCACGCGCUCCACAUCCCGCACGACGAGCUGUGACUGCCUCUGGAGCAGGGACCGGGACAGAGCCAGGACCCACCGGGGACCCAGAGGGAUCUGCCAGGACCUGCACAGCUCUGGAGCUGCUGCCUCACCCCGUGAUGAGCUCCCGUCCUAUUUAUUCCCCGUCCAGGGGCACCGGGACGGCCACGGGGCCGGGGCCACGUCCUGGCUCCUGCUGGGACAUUUCAGGGACAUUCCUGCCCCACUGCCAGGGGAGACACCGGGGCUCAGCCCCCCGGGGGGGGAGAGAAGUUUGGGGACCCCCC